UCUAAUGACGGUUUUAAUUGAUAAAAUUAUCUGUUUGCUGGGUGAAGUUUUAAUCCUGUAAAGAAGAAAACGUUUCAUUCUGACAGGAAAUGGCGGACGACAGAUCUGACGGUGACAGAGAGUCGGACGGAGACAUGGAUGGAGACUCGGGUAAAGUCAGUCCGCUGGUGGGCGAGGACGAGUUCAAGGCGUCCUGCGCUAAAGAGAUGGCUCUGCUGGCUCUGAUGGAGAAGACGGGAUACAACAUGGUGCAGGAGAACGGACAGAGGAAGUACGGAGGACCGCCGCCAGGCUGGGAGGGUCCGGCUCCUCCGCGGGGGUGCGAGGUCUUCGUGGGGAAGAUUCCCAGAGACAUGUACGAAGACGAGCUGGUGCCGCUGUUCGAGAGAGCCGGAAGGAUCUACGAGUUCAGACUGAUGAUGGAGUUCAGCGGAGAAAACCGCGGCUACGCCUUCGUCAUGUACACCAACAGGGAAGCAGCUCAGAGAGCCAUCCAGAUGUUGGACAACUACGAGGUCCGCGCGGGGAAGUUCAUCGGAGUGUGCGUGAGUCUGGAUAACUGCCGCCUCUUCAUCGGCUCCAUCCCCAAAGACAAGAGGAAGGACGAGAUCAUGGAGGAGAUGAAGAAGGUGACGGACGGCGUGGUGGAUGUCAUCGUGUAUCCGAGCUCCAGCGACAGGAGCAGAAACCGAGGUUUCGCCUUCGUCGAGUACGAGUCUCACAAAGCCGCGGCGAUGGCGAGGAGGAAGCUCAUACCUGGGACGUUCCAGCUGUGGGGUCACUCCAUCCAGGUGGACUGGGCCGAGCCUGAGAAGGACGUGGACGAGGAGGUGAUGCAGCGCGUCAGAGUCCUUUACGUGCGUAACCUCAUGCUGAGCACCACAGAGGAAACUCUCCGUCAGGAGUUCUCCUGCUUCAAACCAGGAUCAGUGGAACGAGUCAAGAAGCUCACCGACUACGCCUUCAUCCACUACCGCUGCCGCGACGACGCCGUCACCGCGCUGAGCCUCAUGAACGGCGCCCAGAUCGACGGGGCCGCGGUGGAGGUGACGCUGGCCAAACCGGCGGGGAUCAAAGACGUGAGCGUGGCGGGGAGGAGGUACAACAGCAGAGGAUACCUGGGAAACGGCGCCGCGGGAACGGCGGCGGGCAACGGGACGUUCGUCCUGCACAGGAACGACGGAGGGAUGAUGGGAGGAGCCGGAGACGGAUGUUCCCCUCUCAGACCCGUGUCCCUGCCGCCUCGCCUGGGAAACCCCUUCUACUCAGCAGCAGCAGAGGACCCCGACAGGUGUAUGUACCCCCUGUUCCCCGGCACUCCCCUCUCCCCCACCAGCCUGCUGUCCCUGAAGCAGAGUCAGAUCUACUCGGCCGUCAGCCUGCUCGACUUCUACUGCCGCAAAAACUACUGGUCGCCCCCCGAGUACCACCUGUACUCCACACCUGGACACGACGGAAAACUGCUGCUCCUCUACAAGGUGGUUAUCCCGUCAACACGAAGCACCUACAUCCCAGACAAGCUGUGCGUGCUGCUGGAUGACGCUAAAGAGCUGGCAGCACAGACGUCUCUGUGGAACCUGGGUUAACUCGGCUGCUUCAAAGCUGAGAGACAGUCAUGAAUCCAAACCUGUAAACUUGUGAAAAACUCACCGUUGUGAAAGAAGAACACGACGCUCACAUGAACGUGAGGAGGUUUUUGUUUGAUCUCCUUCACGUCAUCCACUAAUCACAGCCGUCUGCUCGACCACAUGUUCAGAAACAAGACACACGGCUGCUCUCAUUCAUCAGAUAAAAAAGGUUUUUCAUGAUUGAAACUAAGAUUUGAAGGCUUGAAUGAUGUUUUGAUGAGUGUGAGAAACAUUAUUUUGUAUUUGAGGCUGUUGGGGAUCAGUCCAGCAGUGAAUCUGUACUCCAGCAGAAAGCGAACAGGAGGUUAAGACGCCUUCAGGCUCAGAUCGACUGUUUCACAGUUUCAGAGCUGUGAGACGCUGCCUGGAGUCACAUGACUGGCAGCAUCACUACUGUGUGGGCUGUAAACUCAGCUCUGAAACAACCUGCCGGGUGCAAAUGUACAUCUGCAAGUUUGGAAGUAAAGAUUUGCCCUUUAAAACCAGGAGAACAACUUUAAAAAACUUUGACAACAUGUUGAAGAAACACGUUAAAAAAAAGAGCUGCAGAGAUUUUCAUCAAAACAUUCAAACCUUCAAAACCUUUUUUAUUAGAUUUUGUGCUUUUAAACACUCAGUUUCAACCUGUUGAAGCUUUUUUAAACAGCUUGAUUUUCAUCCCAACACGGACUCACAAGACACCAGAAUACAUCUGCAGCGGUGAAACGUCUGUCAGACAAAAACUAAAUGUUUUACAUUAAAUC